AUGCCAAAGACGCCGCAGUCCCAGCCGCCCUCCCCAGUCAAGCAGCCAGCCAAUGCCCCUGCCCCCGACAAAUUAGACAAGAUGUCCGAAAUCACUCUCAGAAAGAAGAAGAACGCUGACGCUCAGGCUGCUUUCCGUGCACGCCGUGCCAACUAUAUUACCACCCUCGAAGAGACAGGUCCGUCUGCUGCUAAGUACCUAAAUAUUCAUGUUCCGACAACUAAGUGUCCUGGUCUAAGUGGGCAACUGAAACAACGAUGCGGAGCACUAUGGACCGAGGGCGGUGGUGUGGUCCCUCCGGACUCCAUGGAACUUGCCUCUAGCCUGGAGAUUCGCUAA